AUGGCCUCGACUCCAGACACAGCCUCCAGUGAGGGACCAAGUCCCAGCCCUUCCUUCGACCGUCAGCCGACGCCCGAUCCACAGCUCGUGCAGACCUACCAUGAUCUCAUGCUCAGCACCCUUCCUCAAGAUGCCCUCCCUCAGCCGACUCUUGUCGCCCAGGAGGCCUCCAACCCGCUGGCAGGGGACGAGGUCGACGAAGAAGAUAAUAUGGUGGUGACAGAGACUGGUGAGAAGCGGUCCAUGACAAAAGGUGAAAAGCAGAAUGCCAAGAAGAAGAGGCGGAAGGAGAGAGAGAAGGCGAUGAAGAUGGAAAUUGAGAGACAGAUGGCGGAAGCCCAGGCUGCCCAGCAAGGGGAUGCUGGAAAGGUCGAGGUGAGGGAAGAGAAGCUCGUCGACUUUCGGCUAUUCUCAACUUGCAAUGUCAAGCCCGUGUCUCUGCUACCUGCGCCAGAAGUGUAUCCUAUACCCGCGAAUCCGAGGUACCAACCACUGCCUGCCCACCAACAAGCCAGAAUUCAUCAGCUUGCAGUCGAAACUGCGGUUGAAUCGGACAACCUGGGAGGAUAUCCGGACCACCCACGCUGGUCAAGAACAGACGUUACCCCACGAGAUUUCUCCGUCUCACAUCAGGCUUUGCCUACUCUCCCGGACAUGUUCAUUGGUACUCUCUUUGAAGAUGCUGUUCGAACCGACCAACCCUCUAAACCCGUUGCCAAAUCCAAAUCAACCGCCAAACCCAUCUCUACCAUUCCCUUGGCCUCUUCACAUACUUCGUGUCCUGCGCCAACCCUGCCGCCCGUGUCAAAGAAACGCACCCGGAGAGGACGUCGUGCCAUCCCCUCGAGGACCGCCCCGCACUUCUGGGCUCCACCCAAAGGGCUAGGUGGGAAAGCGAGGGGUUAUGCUUGGGGGUUUAGGGAUAGUAGGGAAGGGAGGAGAGAGGAGGGGUGGGGUACGUAUAUCAGGGGUACCACCAUAUGA